AUGCCACUUUUUGGCUGGAUGAAAUGGUCAAAAACUGAUUCCUACAAGCCCACGAGAUGCCCUGGAUCAGAAGUUGUUACAAAAACCCUGCUGAGGGAGUUGAAAUGGCACCUGAAAGAGCGUGAAAGAUUCGUGCAAGAGAUCGAAAACGAACAAAAAGUCCAGAAGACUGGCAUGGAUUACAACUGGCUCAAGAACUACCAGAACCCUCAAGCAACAAUUCCAGCUACUGAGCAACGGCAACUCGAAGUUCUGUGUUCACAAAUCCAGCCUUGCCAAACAGGAACUGUUCUCAGCAGAUUUCGUGAAGUUUUGGCAGAAAAUGAUGUCUUACCCUGGGAAAUAGUCUACAUAUUCAAGCAAGUUUUAAAAGAUUUUCUCACCACCACUGAGAGAGAAAACCAACCAGAGCAGCUGGCAGAUGCAUGGAAUACAAAUUGUCCUGAACAUUUCAGUCCGCGUGGUGACAGCUCUAACAAGUCGGACAAGGAUGAAAUCCCCACUGUUUCAAGUUAUGUUGACAAAAACACACACAGCAUGUUUCCCACCUUCUCUCAUAGAAUCUGGAAUCUACCCUAUUACUACCCAUCAAGUUAA